CUUUCAUAGUUUCUCUUCGUUCGGCGUGCGGUGAAGUGUACUAUGCGUUUGAGCGUUUAUUGACGUUUGUGUGUUUUUACUGUGAAUAAUGUGAUGGUGUAGUUCGUUAUGGCCUUUAGAUAUCGAGAAGAUUUAGUUGGCAAACGAUUUUUAUCUGUGAGUGGUGUGACAAAAAUUGAUGUGAAUAAAGCCUCCGAAUGGGGAUGGAAAGCUGGUGUUAUCAGGGCAGCAUCCCACAAAGAUAAUAAGAAUAGAGAUCUACAGGUUUUAGUGGAAUACGAUGGUGUCGACUGGCAAAGAAGAGAGUGGGUAGCGGUUUAUUCAUUGAGGACGUUUCGUGUGUUUUUAGUUGAAAGAACUUUAGUGUGGGCACCAAGGAAAGUGAAUAGUAAAGAAGUGAAAUGGCCAGCACUGACAUUUGCUGCAUUGACAGCUGAAGUGAUAUUACAAGCUGAGUCGCAGCCUGUUGAAUUCCUUCAUGAUAAGCAACUACAGUUUUACGACUAUGCCAAUCUACAGCCCUAUCAGGAAUGGGACGCAAGACUGGCUGGCUCUGAAGUGGGAGUUGACUCAGCUGUGCUGUCAGACUUAUCAUAUCAGGCAGCUGAAUGGCGGACGAUGCAGGAUGGGCAGAGAAUCUUGACAACCACUCCAUCUGUACUUGGAGGCUGUCGGGCCCAAGUGUACCGAGUCGCUGGUGCCACCCAGUGGUAUACAGCCGUCAUUGUUGGAGUCAAUGAGCAUACUGGCGAGCUGACAGUGACCGACGAUACUGUUCUCGAAGAGCACAGCGAAGACCCAUCUUUAGUUCAAAUGAGGCUUCUUGGCGAUGGAGUAAUUGAGUCCAUUAUGCGCGGAGAAGUCGUGGGAGUCAUGCCGAGAAGAUCUCGCUCCAAUCUCCAAAGAGUGGAGCGAGAAGUUUCCAAGAGUCCCGCAACGACGGGGGGAAGGAAGAAGGCAGCUGUGCGGAACAACGGACAGUUGAACACCAGCGAACCCCCCGCGCAACCUGCAGGUAUGCAGACGUUCUUUGGUACAUCGCCUGAACGAGAACCUGCAGAUUCUAACAAAAAAGGUGCCACAAAAAGUGUGAGUGCAAGUGAUGUGGUGGAAGCCAGUGAGGAAAAGUGCUUAACGCCCGUGGAAUUAAAAGAAAGUGAAGUUAAGAGUGAAGUGAGUGUGGGCGCGGAUGUUGCCAGCGCCGUGGCCUCCGAGGAGGACGAUUGUGUGAUAGUGAGCGCGCGAGAUGCGGACGAUCGGUCCGACUCGGGCGUGAGUGGUGUGCGUUCGGGCGGCUCGGCCAGUUCCGUGGAGGAGUGGCGAGGGAUGGCCCAUGGCUAUGGAGGUGGUCCGCCACCGCCCCUGCUGCAUCUGCCGCCACCGCCGCCCUCGCUCUACGCGGGCGAGAUGCUGUGGAAGCAGCGCUACCAGCCACCGCUGCAUGCGCCGUUGCAUCAUGCCAUCGCGGACGACUACCUUGCGGCUGCCAACUUCGAUAGAGAGAGACAUGAAAGACUGUUACGGGAAAGAAGGGAUCAGGAGCAAAGAGAGCAUGAAAAGCAACAAAAAGAAAAGGAAAGAGAACGGAUAGAGAGGGAAAGAGAACGUGAGAGGGAGAAACAAGAAAGAGAGGAGAAGGAAAGGAGAGAACAGGAAAAUGCGGCAUCAAAAUUAGUGUCGAGGCAUUUUGAGGAAUCUCUGAGGCUAGCGAAUCAAAAGCGGGAGCGGAAUAUGUCCUGGUCGCUUCUCAAUAAUAUAGCGCCCAACAGAGGAGGCUCAGGCCCUGAACAUGAGAGGCUCCGGGCACAAGAACGCGCCUACUACUCGCCUCCGGCGCAUCCCCCCGAUCGCCUCUCGCAAACCGAAUACACCCAACACAAUCCUCACGCUCCACACUCCCCCCAUUCCCAACACACACCUAGACACACCCUCUCCAAAUCGGACAAACAACCCCCGCUUCAGGGCCUUCCGAAGAGCGAACCAAAUUUCGCGUCCUACAAUUACCCCCUAUACCGGUACGAUAAGCUUAAAGAUCAACAUCUACCAGCUCCACCUCCCCUUGUCCCUGAAAAAAAUUCUGUGAUAGUCAAACAUGACGCUAAACAGAUCCAUUUGGAACAGAAGCAUCCAUAUCCCAGCAAACCGAGAAGCGAGCCGUCUCCGCACUACCUCUCCCGGCCGUAUCGGACAGGUUUAUCGCCUCACGCGCCACCACAUCCGCAUCCAGCGUUACAAACGCAACCUCAUGCGGCUCUUCCUGCCCAAGACAAGAACCGUCGGUUAUAUCAACCGCAGCCACCCCAAAGAUCCCCCGCGGGAUAUUACCAAACGGCGCCUCCAGUCAAACCAAAAGUAUCGAGUCCGGCGCCACCUCACAUCUAUGGAAAACCGAGCAAUGCUCCCAGCCCUGCACAUUUCGGUAUUGCAGUGGAACCACCGCUUCAAUUAUCAAAGGCUGAGCUCCCACCGGUACCGUAUCCUCCGCCGUCAGCGUAUUCGCCGGCGCUUCGAACGAGACCACCCCCGGUAGCGCAUUCGCGAACCCCGGAACCUAGACCGCCUCCAAGAGCACACGGAGAUACCGCUACGUCGACUUCUCCCUGUCAAACGCAGCCGUUGGAUCUCGGGAUGACGCGGGAAGAUCCCGAUCGGCUAUCACCUAGAAGACGGUGUCCUUUCGAAUCUUCAGAUGCGGACCCAAAAAGAAGGCGAUUAGACAGUCCCGCUCCGGAGCCCUUGAUAGCGGCGGCGGCGAGCGUAGGCCGAACGCCCUUAGGUUCCGAGCCGGCCCCUCAGGCGCCCGGCCCCCCCUGUGAUGUUAGAGUUCCUUCGGCCGACGGCAGUGUGGAAACCCCCGAGAAAGCCGCCGGCGCGUCCCCCGCUCCUCAAAUAACGCCAUCGGCGAGUCCCGCGCCGGUGACGAUACCGCAAUUACCCUCAUCACCCCCGAUCAGCACGACGUCGACGCCGCCCGCCCCGCCCGCAACACCACCAGUCACUACAGUCGCGGAAAGCGAAACUCCGGCUAAAAUUGCCUCUCCUAGUCCACGCGACGGUGCUGCUCCCGUAAGGCAUCUAGGAAAAAAAGCCUGGCUUCAAAGACACGAGACGGCGCCUAUUGGGGAAGGCGAUUGUUCCGGCGGUGGUGGCACCUGCAUAACGCUACCCAUGACACUCAGCCGAGUGUCCGAACCCGAUGAUUCGAGUUCUAACAUUGUCGUUCCGGUCGCGGCGAAGUCUAUUCAAAGAGGCGCGCGGAAAACCUCGAAGCCUCGGAAGCCCAAAGAAGUGAACGGCCGAGUGGAUGACGUCGAAGAAGACAGUUCUAGUUCGGACCGUGAACCAAGUUCGCCGCCGAAGCGAAAGCCCCCUAAGGCGAAACGGAAAAAGGGGGCCGUUAAGAAGGCGAACGAUGAGCCAAAAAAAAAGAAAGCGUCAGAGAGUGGAAGUGAAAGUGAUAAAGAAAGUGACGAUAAGGACUCCGAUUCGGCUGGAAGCGGGAGUGGUAGCGGUAGUGCUUCCAGUAAGCGUGGCGGAAGCAGAGCUCGCGGACGAAAAACCCGAGGAGGAGGAAGAGGAGGCAGGAGAAGGGAAGACCCUCCUAGAAGAACUCCCUCCACGGCGCGGCCGAAGCCCGGCACGGAGUCCUUUCUCCAGAACGGGCCGUGCUUCGAAGUCGCCCCUAGGCUAGCAAAGUGCCGCGAGUGUCGCUGGUCGCCCGCUCAACGCGACAAAGACAUGCCGAACAUAUUUUGCCGCUUCUACGCUUUCCGAAGACUGAAAUAUGCAAAGAAUAGACAAUUAGCUAUAGCUGGAUUUUCCGAUCCAUACAAAGACGCGGAAGAGGAUGACAAAAAAUUAUGGUUAUCAUCAUCAGCUGGUGCAGCAGAAUUAGAUAUAGAAAUGAGUUGUUUCCUAUUGAGAGAGAUUGGAGACCAAUUUUGUGAACUAUUACAACAGGAAAAGGAAGCUGAAUCACAUCAUUUAAAUGAAGAUAAGACGAUAGCGUGGAAACGCGUGGUCCAAGGUGUUAGAGAAAUUUGUGACGUUUGUGAAACGACACUUUUCAAUUUCCACUGGACGUGCGGGAAGUGUGGUUUCGUCGUCUGUCUUGAUUGUUAUAAGUCCAAAACAUCGGGAGAGGCCAGUGCGAGUCCAGCCAGUGAGACCAGCAACGCAAAUGCUACCAAUGGAGAAAGAGAUUCUUUUGGCUGGCUAACAUGCACAUCGGGCGGGGCCCAUCCUGCACGUCGCCUACUCCUGACCCAGAUAGCCGCGGGUGGGGCACUCGUGGCGGCGGCGGCGCGUGCUCAUAGAAUACGAGCUGCUUUCUCUUUACCGGCUUGCGGAUGUGGCUACAACACGGAACCCCCAGCUCAUCAUAAAGCGGCUGCUAGGUUGCUGUUACAACGGGCUUUGCAAAAGAAUGUCAAAAAAGAAAACGUCAAAGAAGAGAACAGCCCGACCAACGGUUCACCGGUCAAGUCAGAAAACGGAAAGACCGGAAGCUCCAUCGUCAGCUGGCUCUCUGACCUUCCCAUCAAAACUGAUCUCAAGUCUGAAAAGUCCGACUCCAGCUCGUCUGACUCGGAGGAAAGCGGGAACUACUCGACCCUCCGGGAAUUAUUAAUACGACCGGCGCCCGAAGGAGGAGACACCCAACCGAAGAAGAAGCAGAAGAAAAAUAAGAGUGACUUACUCGAUGAUGUAAUAUCCAGUGUUAUCGAUGAUAAAAAGGAUGACGACGAGACCAAACCGUUUGCCUUAUCCAAUGUAGUGAAACGGUAUGAAAGGGGCCGAGGAAGGGAAGAACUGCCCAUUCGUAUCAUGACCCUGACGGAGUCCAAGGUGCUGUACCCUGACGUGCCUCAUUCCUGGCUCUGUGAUGGAAAGCUCCUACACUUAACGGAUCCCGUGCACUCUGGGAACUAUAAGCCUUUCCAGGACCAAUGGAAACGCGGUCAGCCCGUUCUCGUGUCGGACGUGUCCAGUCUUCUCGACAAAGACCUGUGGUCGCCCGAGAGUUUCUCGCGAGACUUCGGAGAGACGCACGUGGACCUGGUCAACUGCGCCUCGGGACUGGUGGUCCCCAACCAGCCCGGAAGCAAAUUCUGGGACGGGUUCCAGCUGGCCGCCAAGCGGCUGAGGGACGAAAGGGGCGCCCCCAUGGUCCUCAAGCUCAAGGACUGGCCUCCGGGCGAAGACUUCGCCGAAUUACUCCCGACGAGAUUCGACGAUCUGAUGAGGGUUCUCCCUCUCGGCGAGUACACGUCGCGGAACGGGAAACUCAACCUCGCGGCCCGACUGCCGGAAUGCUUCGUCCGACCGGACCUCGGGCCGAAGAUGUACACGGCGUACGGCGGGGCCGGAGGCACCACGAACCUUCACCUCGACGUCAGCGACGCCGUCAACGUCAUGGUCCACGCGAGCGCUCCGGCCGACGCCCCCGAGAGGGCCCGAGAGGCUUCCCGAGCCGCCGAAGAGGCCGGCGUCGACGUGCUAUCCCGCAAGAGGGCCAGGGUCAAGCCCCCGGCGGCCCUUUGGCACAUUUACGCGGCUAAAGACGCGGACAAGAUCCGCGAUUUCCUAGUCAGGGCCGAGCUGGAGCGAGGGGCCAGGCCGCGGGCCCAGCACGACCCCGUCCACGACCAGACCUGGUACCUGGACGCGGCUCUGAGGGAGCGCCUCUACCGCGAGUACGGGGUCGAGGGCUACGCCAUCCUCCAGUGCCCCGGAGACGCCGUGUUCGUCCCGGCCGGUGCCCCUCACCAGGUGAGGAAUCUGCUGGACUGCAUCAAGGUGGCCGAGGACUUCGUGUCCCCCGAGAACGUUUCGCGCUGCUUCGAGCUGGCCCAGCAGUUCCGGCGGCUGUCCCGGCAGCACGCCAACAAGGAGGACAAGCUGCAGAUCAAGAACAUCGUGUACCACGCGGUGAAGGACUCCCUCUGCUGCCUCGAGGAAGCCCUGGAAGAGAAGUGAGGGCCGGAGCGAGGCUCGCAUUUGAUCUCAACUUCGAACGUAACGUUAUCGUUAGUUCAGCAUUUAACGUAAGAUGGGAGAGUGAGUGGACGGCGGAUGUGUGAGUGCCGGAAGUGCUCCGGAAGUGGUCCGCGGAGACGGAAAUUAGUCUGAAUACGGUGAUAUCGAGACGUGGAUGUUUUAUGUUCCUUUAUCGAAAUACAAACUUUUCCGGUUAAUUCGGCUUAAUGUAGCAUUAGUGAUGUAUGUAUUGUGUAAAUGUUUAAUUCGAAUUCCAUCGAGUACAUAUUAAGAAGUCUUGUAAUUUAAGUUAUUGUAUUGAAGUAAACGUAUUCGCUCCGAGCAUUGUACAUUAAACGCGGCGUGUAGAUAAGUUUAUCCUACGUUAGAUUUCUCAAUUCGGUUAGUAUGUUACGGAAUGAAUAGUUAAUAUGUGGGACGAUUUUAUUUUGUCCUUAUUGCUGUAUUAGAAGAAAGCAAGUUUUUUUUGUACUGUGUAUAUUAUGUAUGGUUAUAAGUUGGAAUAAAAAAAGAUGUUUAUAUUA